CGGGGCAGUAAGUUCUAGUCAGUCCACAAGUCAAAUGGCGGGCUCGCAGUUAAGCCCGUUGACCCCAUGCGGCAGGGAGCUCCUAGAGCUCCAACAAGUCGAAAGGAUCCGCGCUCGGUUAGAGAGGGAACUGAAGCAAGCUACCGACAGAGAAAAAAAGAUCAAAAAUAGAGCAGCCAGGCUUGAUACGUUAGAGGCAGACAAAGCUGCAUUAGAGGGUUUGGAUGAGUCAGCCAUGUCUGACCAAAUGAAAGUGUUGAAGAACAGUGUACUGUUGCUGCAUGCGCAUGUGGACAGCAGACUGCACUUCAUCCAGAACUCUUUGGACCAGAUCUUGGACCUUUUGCAAAGGCCAGGAUUACGGCCAGCAACACAGUCGCUGUUGUCGUUAACGACGAUGUCAGGCCCCUUUCCGGUACAAGCUGGCACACAACCAAGUGCCUUAAAAGAUUUGGAAAGCGAGUGGUCAAGCAAGGAUCCUCGCGAAUCUUGGGUGGCACUAAGUACAGGUCCUAAAGGGGAACAUUUCGUUGUGGAAGUUGCUGUAGGGGGCCGCAAAUGUGGUGUCUUCGUGGACAUCGGCUCCACGCGGAAUUACAUAAGCCGCGACUGCUUGGAAAGGCUGCACCUAAAGGACCGGGUACAACACCUUAGUAGACCGGUAGCAUCUACUUUGGCCAAUAAGGAGCGCAUGGUUGUCACAGACUAUAUCAAGGAUGUAGUCUGUACCUUCUCCUAUGGAGGAGGGAAACUUAAUCACAAGAUUUCGUUCCUGGUUAGCGAUGACUUACCGUUUGAUAUGUUGUUAGGAAUGUACUACCUUGAGGUUGCCAAGCCCCAGUUUGACUGGGACAAGAAGGUGCUAAAGCAUAAGUUGCAGGAUGGAAGAACUGUAAGACUGGCUAAGUACAAGGCCAGUAGCUUAAUAGAAUCCUAUGGCUGCUUGUGCGCAUCAGCGUUCUACAAUUAUUACAAACAGAACCAAGAGGAGGGUAUGUACCUAGUGUAUGUCUCUGAAAAAGGGAAGGCCGUUAAAACACCCCCAGAGAUAGAACACGUCGUUGCUAAGUUCCCUGAUCUGUUCACAGGGCCUACAGGAGUCGUAGAAAGGGAGGUUGUCCACGCCAUAGAAAUCAUUCCAGGGAGUAAAACCCCGAAGGGAAGGAUCUAUAGGAUGGCUCCGACCGAGUUGGACGAACUUCGGCAACAACUGAAAGAGCUGACAGAAAAGGGAUGGAUUCGGCCAAGUACUUCCCCCUUCGGAUCUCCAGUGCUAUUUGUACCGAAGAAGGGGGGUACAUUGAGGAUGUGCAUUGAUUACAGAGGCCUCAAUGCCAUCACAGUGAAGAACGCAGAGCCUCUACCUCGCAUAGACGACCUAUUGGAUAGGGUGCAGGGAUGUAAAUACUAUAGCAAGAUAGACUUAAAAUUCGGCUACCAUCAGAUUGCAAUAAGACCCGAGGAUCAGCACAAGACUGCUUUUCAGACCCGAUAUGGUCUGUAUGAGUUUGUAGUGAUGCCGUUUGGCCUUUGCAAUGCGCCGGGUACAUUCCAGCAUGCCAUGAAUAGGAUCUUCCAUGACUAUUUAGACAAGUUUGUCAUCGUGUACCUUGACGAUAUUCUUAUCUUUAUAUCCACGGAAGGGAUUAGGCCGGAAGAUGCGAAGGUGGCUAGUAUCAGGGACUCGCCACGACCUCAGACUGUUACUGAGAUCAGAUCUUUCUUGGAAAUGUGCGACUACUAUAGAAACUUCGUAAAGAACUAUUCCACAGUCGCCUCUCCUUUGACUGAUCUAACUCGACUUGACACGCCGUGGGACUGGAGUGAUGAGUGCGAGGCUGCUUUCAAACGAUUGAGGCAUGCACUCAUGAAUCAUGAGGUUCUCAUGGUGCCCGAUCCUCAGAAGCCUUUCAUUGUAACCACUGACGCAAGCCAAUACGGCAUUGGCGCAGUGCUGGCUCAGCAGGAUGGAAAAAAGUUGAGACCGAUUGAGUAUAUGAGCAAAAAUAUGCCAUCAAAGAAACUGGCAAAGUCCAUCUAUGAAAGGGAACUUUAUGCUCUCUACAAAGCACUUGUCCAUUGGAGGCAAUUUCUGUUGGGACGGUUUUUCUAUUUGAGAACUGACCAUCAGACCCUUAAAUGGAUCAAGACUCAACCGGCUCUUUCUGAUGCACUCAAGCGCUGGAUUGAGGUCAUAGAUCAGUAUGACUUCAAGCUAGAGUAUCUGAAGGGAGAGUACAACAAGGUUGCAGAUGCGCUAUCACGUAGGGCAGACUACCUAGGGGCGCUAGUUUCUGAGUUUGGUGUAUCUGAGGAACUAACUCAAUCGCUGGUGGGAGCCUAUCAGGAAGACCCUGUCACGAUGGACAUCAUACGCAAACUUUAGGCAAAAGACAAGGUCACAGAAGAUGAGUUUGUGAUGGAGGACGGGCUUCUCUUUCUUGAUAAGGCCGGAUUUAAAAGUGUGAUUUUGCAAUUUGGAUUUCUAUGCUUCGUCCACAUUCAUGUUCCUUGCACUCGUCAAAUCAAAAGCAAUUUUGGAU